AUGGAUCUGAAUCUGCAGGACUUGGAGGACGCGAGGGACUGGACUGGAGCAGGCUCUAGCGAAGACCAGGUCGGACGCCGCCGAGCAGCCGUCGAGCGUGGCGGCGGAGGUGGCGGCGGUGGAGGCGGCGGCGGCGUUGGAAGCGGAGGGAGCGGAGGGAGCGGUGGUGGCGGCGGAGGGAGCAGUGGAGGCGGCGGAGGGAGCAGUGGAGGCGGCGGAGGGAGCAGUGGAGGCGGCGGUGGUUGCGGCGGUGGUUGCGGCGGUUACGGCGGCGGAGGGUGCGGCGGUUUCGGCGUCGGAGAUGCCGGCGGUUUCGGCGGCGCCGGAAAUGACGGCGGAGGUGGCGGCAGCGGGCCACGAACGGCAGCUGGAGGCAGUAGCGGCGUGCCGCGUGCGGCACCUUUGCGUUUUUAA